AAUAAUGUGACACCUGUUAGUUUGGAAGAGAAAAAGUUAUCGUUAGGUGUGCAAUUGUGACUGUGCACUGACAGGCGUGCUCGUAUUAAAAGUGAAUGCUCUGGAAUGCGGAAUAGCCUGAACAGAAAACGAAUAAUAUUAUGGACCUCGGACGUAAACGUGAUUGGACGAGACUCGAGACUCGACGUAACUUCGAAUGUGGAAAAGCUGGUUCUACAAAACCCAUGACAGAGAUCCAUUCUGUUCAGUUUUCCAUAUGCACACAUCGCUGUCACUGCAGGAUCGCUUUCAUUCACGCAUCCAAAGGAUAAACGGGACAGCGGCAGUGGUUUCUGGCUGCCAUGGGGCUCGUCCAAUCCUGCUCUGGCUACCAUAAGCCGCUCCACGUGGUGUUGCUGGGCCUGGACUCUGCCGGGAAAUCCACAAUCUUCUACAGGCUGCGCUGGAACGAGGACCUCAAGACCCAGCCUACCAUCGGCUUCAAUGUGGGCAUGCAGCAGGUGGCAAAGAACAUCGUCUUGACCCUCUGGGAUGUGGGCGGCCAGGACAAGAUGCGCCUUUACUGGAAGCACUACCUUGAAGACUGCCGCGCACUGGUGUUUGUGGUGGACAGCAGCGAUCGUGGACGCAUUCGUGAGGCAGCGAGGGCCCUCAGGCAUGUCCUGGCCAUGGACAGUGUGAAAGGCAUCCCCUUGAUAGUGCUGGCCAACAAAUGUGACCUCCCCAACAUCAUGAACCUCAGCGAGGUGGCCACCACCCUGGGCCUGAACAACAGCACAGAUCGUGACUGGGUGAUACAGCCGUGCAGCGGCCUGAAUGGCCAGGGGCUCCAGGAGGCCUUUCAAGCCAUCGCCGAGCUGAUUAAGGACAGCAAAACAUCGAAUAGGUGCCUCUAGCAUGGGGCCUGUCGGCUUUCACCCUCCGUCAUCGGUGUGGAUGCUUCAUUGGUCCAGAAACUACUGCUGCUUUAGGACUACUGAACUGCCACUGCACCCACUGCGCUUCCACCCACUGUCAGGAUACACACCACAGUGAGAGAGAAUGGGUGAGACAUGUUUCACGCAUAUUUUUGCACCCUAUCAUAUAGGAGAUUUUAACUGUAUGAUGGAAAAGACUCUUUGCAGUGAGUGACAGGCGGCACUGGGAAAGUCGGCAGGCUGACACGAGUGAUCCUUGUGGUAGUCAUGAGAUAGAUAUUAAUGUUGCUAUUUGUUACAACACUAUUCUCUUAUGGUCCUGUUUUUUGAGGGAGACACUAAUAAUAAUUAAUUUUAUUUGCAAUGCAUAUUUCUCAUAGCCAAUACUCUAUGUAGUAAAAUAACAGUUGAAACAAAAUGAGAUAGUAAAAAUAAAAAGGCCAUGAACUACUA